ACAGCAUCCUUCAAGCAAGAUAAAUUUACUCAACAAGACUUGUUUUUAGAGCAAAUAUCUCGAAUUAGGUUUCUUCUUUUUUCUUGCUGAAUGUAUGCGGUUUAUGAUUAUGUUUAGAUCUUUUAAUUUUAGAAACAACAUUUAUUGUAUGUAUUUAUUUUUAUUUUUUUGGCGUCUCUGUAUACUUCCCUCAGAUGGGCGUCUCUGGGAUACUUGAUCUCUUGAGCUUUCCUCUGGACGUCUGUAGAUGAUUUUCAGGUCUGAUUUGUCUCUGUUUUCUGCCCAGGUCUGAGAAAUGAGCUUGGCUCCUUCUCUCUGAUGCACUCGAGCUAAGGGCCGUCCUGGUGGAUUUGCCCCUGACCCAGCGGAGCGUUUCCAGCCCCAGCCCCGCUCCACGGCCAACAUGCUGAUCAAAGAGUACCGCAUCCCCAUGCCCAUGAGCGUGGAGGAGUACCGCAUCGCUCAACUCUACAUGAUUCAGAAAAAGAGUCGUGAAGAGAGUGAAGGCGAGGGCAGUGGGGUGGAGAUCCUGGAGAACCGACCCUACAGGGAUGGCCCAGGCGGCUCUGGUCAAUACACCCAUAAGGUUUACCACAUCGGCCAACACAUCCCUAGCUGGUUCCGCUCCAUCUUGCCAAAAGCUGCUCUUCGUGUGGAAGAGGAAUCCUGGAACGCCUACCCAUACACCCGCACACGCUACACGUGUCCUUUCGUCGAAAAGUUCUCCAUCGAUAUCGAGACGUACUACAAGCCGGACACGGGUUGCCAGAAUGACGUCUUCAACAUGUCCUCGGCCGAAAAGAGGCAACGGGAUAUAGAUCCCAUCGAUAUUGUGAAUGAAUUCAUCGCCCCUCAUGAGUACCUGGCUGAGGAAGACCCCAAACUCUACAAGUCAUAUAAAACCCAGCGGGGCCCCCUGUCUGACAACUGGAUCGUGGAAAUCAACAACAACCCAGGCAAAAUGCCCGUCAUGUGCGCUUACAAGUUGUGUAAGGUGGAGUUUCGAUACUGGGGCAUGCAGUCCAAGAUUGAGCGCUUCAUUCACGAUGUGGGGCUGAGGAAGGUGAUGGUACGCGCUCAUCGGCAGGCCUGGUGUUGGCAGGACGAGUGGUACGGUCUGACCAUGGAGGAUAUCCGGCAGCUGGAGCUGGAGACGCAGCUGGCUCUGGCACAGAAGAUGGCACAGUACAGCUGCAACGAGGAGGGCGGCGAGAACAACGGCGCCGUCACCAGCCCCGAGAAAGAGCACGAAGCCAAGGAGGCCAUCAGCUCCAUCGAAGCCGAGGGCACGACGAGGACCAUGGGGGACACGCUGCAGGCGCGAGGAGAGCUGACCAAGCAGUGGUCCACCUCUUCCAGGUCCUCGCAUUCCUCGAAGAGAGGGGGAAGUCCUUCACGUCACAGCAUUUCUGAAUGGCGCAUGCAGAGCAUCGCCAGAGAUUCGGAGGACAGCACAGACGACGAGUUCUUUGACGCUCACGAGGACUUCUCUGACAACGAGGAGAUCUUUGCCAAGGACAUCACCAAAUGGAGUUCCAACGAUCUGAUGGAUAAAAUCGAGACAGCAGAGGCAGAGGAAGCCCAGGGUGACUAUCAAGAAUCGGGUGGGGAGUUUUCUGGGACCUCCAGCGUGGAUCGGCUCAAUGAGAGACGCAGGGCCAUGCGGCGCUCCAGCGUCUGUAAGCAUCGACGUACAGCACGCAAACACCCAGCUGACUGUUCCUCACAGCAGUGCUUACAGCCGUCCAAGAUCCACGUCCUCAUCCUGGUCCUGCACGGCGGCAACAUCCUGGAUACGGGCAGCGGAGACCAGAACAGCAAGCAGGGGGACGUCAACACCAUCAGCAGUGCGUUUGAUGCUGUGAUGCGGGUUCAUUACCCCGCUGCAUUGGGCCGCAUCGCCAUCCGCCCGGUUCCGUGUCCGGCUGUGUGUGUGGAGGCCUUCUCUCUGGUGUCAAAUUUGAGUCCCUAUAGCUAUGACGAAGGCUGCCUCUCCAACAGUCAGGAUCACAUCCCUCUGGCUGCCCUGCCCCUAUUGGCCACCUCUGCACCACAGUACCAGGACGCCGUGGCAACGGUCAUAGUGCGAGCCAAUCAGGUCUACGGUGACUUCAUCAAAUCCCUGGAGGGAGCCACUUUCACCGGACAGGUGUGUCUGAUUGGUGACUGUGUGGGAGGCAUUCUGGGAUUUGAUGCUCUCUGCAGCAGCAACGUCACCACUGUGUCAGAUAGUCAAAACAGCAGCCGACGCGGCAGCAUUGUCAGUGUGCAGGACAAUGACCUGCUGUCACCAGGGAUCAUUAUAAACAGCUCUCACUGCUCGGGCUCGGGUUUGACUCUGGAGGGCAGUCGGCACCUCAGCCGCAGUAAUAUAGACAUUCCUCGUUCCAGCGGUCCGGACGACCCCAAAAAACAGAUGCCCCGCAAACGCAGCGACUCCUCCACCUACGAGCUCGACACCAUCAAACAGCACCAGGCCUUCCUGACCAGUCUGCACUCCAGCGUUUUGAGGAACGAUCCGGGUUCGCGCCGGUCCAGCAGCAGUACCAUGCUGGAGGGAGGAGGCGCACUGGGAAAGUUCGACUUUGAAGUGUCUGACUUCUUCCUCUUCGGCUCUCCGCUCGGCCUGGUCCUCGCUCUGAGGAAAACCGUCGUCCCUUCUUUGGCCGUGGCUCAUCUUCGUCCGGCGUGCCAGCAGGUUUACAACCUGUUCCACCCGGCGGAUCCCUCCGCCUCACGUCUGGAGCCCCUGCUGGAGAAUCGCUUCCACCUGAUGCCACCGUUUAGUGUGCCGCGAUACCAGCGCUUCCCGCUGGGUGAUGGCCAGUCAGCGCUGCUGGUGGAAACCAUCCAGAGUAACCCUCACCUCCUGUUGGAGAGUGUGAGCUGUGCUGCCCAGCGCUGUCAGGAUGGCAUCAGCGAGACUUCCAUUCCCGUCCCUGUGCUCAACUGGCAAGCCAUGCCGGCCCCCGCCGAGUCGGAUGCAAUGCAGUCUCACAGCAUCAUGUUUGCGGAUCACUCCAAUCCUUCGUCUCCGGCAUCUGUUCCAGCCUUCCGCGGGGCACGCAGGGCCAGCGAGACCAGCAUCGCCAGCCAGGUGUCGGGGUUAGUGGACAGUUACACCGCCUCCAACAUCGCCAACAUCGCUGCUCGCUGGUGGGGCACGAAGCGCAUUGAUUUCGCUCUGUAUUGUCCUGAUGCUUUGACUGCGUUCCCCACCGUGGCUCUACCUCACCUGUUUCACGCCUCCUACUGGGAAUCAACGGACGCUGUGUCUUUCCUGCUCCGACAGGUAAUGAGGCAUGAGAACUCCAGUAUUUUGGAACUCGAUGGGAAGGAGGUGUCAGAAUUCACUCCGUCCAAACCGCGGGAGAAGUGGAUAAGGAAGAGGACCCACGUGAAAAUCAGGAACGUUACGGCAAACCACCGUGUGAACGAUGCUGUGUUUACGGAGGACGGCAAUCAGGUGGUCACGGGUCGCUUCAUGUACGGGCCGCUGGACAUGGUCACACUGACAGGAGAGAAGGUGGACAUCCACAUCAUGACCCAGCCUCCGUCCGGUGAGUGGGUGUAUUUCAGCACAGAACUGACCAAUAGCAGCGGCCGGGUUUUCUACACCAUUCCCGAGAACAAGCGGCUGAGCAUCGGCGUGUAUCCGGUCAAAAUGGUGGUCAGGGGAGACCACACAUCUGCUGACAGUUACCUGACGGUGCUGCCGCGCGGCACUGAGUUUGUCGUGUUCAGCAUCGACGGCUCGUUUGCCGCCAGCGUGUCCAUCAUGGGCAGCGACCCUAAAGUGCGAGCAGGAGCGGUUGAUGUGGUCAGGCACUGGCAGGAUCUGGGGUACCUGAUAGUGUACGUGACGGGACGUCCAGACAUGCAGAAGCAGCGUGUGGUGGCCUGGCUUUCACAGCACAACUUCCCUCACGGGAUCGUGUCCUUCUGUGACGGGCUCGUACAUGACCCCCUCCGACACAAAGCCAACUUCCUCAAGUCUCUCAUCACAGAGGCACAUAUGAAGAUCUUUGCUGCUUAUGGCUCCACUAAGGACAUAUCUGUGUACACGUCACUGGGUCUACCGCCAUCACAGAUCUACAUCGUAGGGAGACCAACGAAGAAAAUGCAGCACCAGUGUCAGUUCAUCGCCGAUGGCUACGCGUCUCACCUGUCCCAGCUAGAAUACAAUCAGAGAUCGAGACCAGCCAAGACCGGCAGCACUCGCAUGGUCUUGCGGAAAGGCAGUUUCGGGCUUGGCGGCAGUGGGGAUUUCCUGCGGAAGCGCAAUCACCUGUUGCGCACCAUUUCCUCGCAACCCACGUCCUCCACGCCGCCCGUGCAGAUAGGACGUCCCGAACGUGCACAGAGCCAAUCAGAAUGCGACCGCGAGCGGGCAGAACGUGCCCAGAGGAGCAUGAGCAUCGCCGCCGGCUGCUGGGGCCGAACCAGCAGACUCGAGGGCGGAGCCUUGAGCCCAAAAUAGGCUCCACUCACCAGGUCCAAAUUCUUGAGGCACUUCGUUCUGGAGGCACAUGGGGCUGCAGGAUCGAACACGACGAAGUCUCACAGUAUUACAACAGACUCUGUGAGUGAACCUCACGGCAUUACCAUUGUUGCAUGGGAAUUGUUUUUGUUCAUGUUUCAGUUUUUUUUUUUUAGUCCGGCAGCCAACCAUUUUCCAGAAAUCUAGCGCCUUAAGCAUCGCUCUGGGUCGUGGCCCUCGCCUCUGACUUGAUUGAAUGUACUUUUGGGACUGAAAACGGAUCGUUGGGUGGGUAUGGACUUUUCCCGCUUUUUUCCAUCAUUCCCCUUCCGAGAUUCCCACACAUGUAAAUACGUGCCUCCUCUUACCUGCUCAGGGCAGCCAUGAACUCGAGGAGCUGAUAAGACCCAGAGGCCAUUUCACAUCCCUCUUCUCAUUGGUUUCCGUUGGGCCGGCCCAUCCCGGCAGCCUCUCCGAGUCGAAUCCCAGCAGCAUUUGGCAAUAAGGAUUGAAUCCCAUCACACUAAACGCCGUCUGCAGGUCAUCAGAGGCCUUAACUUCGUAUUCAGAGCACCAACGAACUCUCAAAGGAACAGCUAUCCCUUUAUAAGGCCAUCUGCUUGCAAUACCUCCGGGAUGCCACCUCGACAUGGGCUGCUGGGUCACGUUUCUUUCCUUUUUGCUGUUUUGUUCACAUCUGAGCCACCAAACACGAUCGUAAGCACACGCCACAUCUGCUGAAGUAAAACUUUUCCGCUGCUGCGGUUGCUGUCGACAUGGAGAGAAUUUCCCAUCGAGGUUGCGCCGUGCAGCUCGCUGUAUUUGCAUGACGGACAAUUUUUCCAAGAUUUCGCUUGAUCAUUUCCUCUCGAAAUCCUUUGCACUCAUUUCCGGGGCAGCGGUUCGACUCGCUCGAUACCGCCAACGGCCAAAACGAUUCAUUUCGAAAGCUGUAGUUCUGCAACUGCAUAACCACAUUGUUUUUUUUUUGCACUAGUG